UUUCCCUCACAUCGCUCUUUCUUUCUCUUGGAGAAUCCCCAUUUUCCAAUACGAAGUAGCUUCGUUUCUUUCUUCCAAAUUUUCUCGAGAAAAUUCCGAUAAGUAAUGGCUCCGACGAAGGGAGAGAAGAGGCCGGCGGAGAAGAAACCGGCAGAAAAAGCUCCGGCGGAGAAGAAGCCGAAGGCCGAGAAGAAGGUGGCCAAAGAAGGAGGCGUAGAGAAGAAGAAGAAGAGGGUCAAAAAGAGCACCGAGACCUACAAAAUUUACAUCUUCAAGGUUCUCAAGCAGGUUCACCCUGACAUCGGGAUCUCGAGCAAGGCUAUGGGGAUCAUGAACAGCUUCAUCAACGACAUCUUUGAGAAGCUCGCUCAGGAGGCUUCCAGAUUGGCUCGUUACAACAAGAAGCCCACCAUUACCUCCAGGGAGAUCCAGACCGCCGUCCGAUUGGUCCUUCCCGGUGAAUUGGCCAAGCACGCCGUUUCUGAAGGCACAAAGGCCGUCACCAAGUUUACCAGUUCUUGAAUUUCUAAUUUUUUAUUUUUAUUUUUUUCUUCUUUGAGAUCGGAUUCCGAAAAACGUUUCUGUGUUGGGAAUCUAGGGUUUUCUGCAAAUUAUAUCGGUUUAGAUUUGUUCCUUUUCCUUUCUGGGUGAUAGGUGUAAUAUCUUUGAUACAUUUAAAACGAAGUUGAUCAUUGGGUUUUCUA